AUGGCUAGAGCAAAUUCCGCCCUUCCCAUCUGUUUCUUCAAGAUUAUUCUUCAAACCAAUCUUCAAACUAUUAAAAUACCAAACAAGUUUACAAGGAGUCACGGAGCUGGUCUACCAAAUCCAGUGACGAUCAAGCCUCCUGAUGGCACCAAAUGGAAAGUGAUUUGGAGAAACAUCAACGGAGAGGUUUGGUUUCAAGAGGGUUGGAAAAAUUUUACUCAAAAUUACUCUCUACGACAUGGUUGUUUGGUAGUGUUUAAAUAUAAAGAAGGAACUUCAGUGUUAGAUGUAGUAAUAAUUGGCCAUAAUGGAGUAGAAAUUGAUUAUGAUUCUUCAUGUGACAAUUUUGUAAACCUUGACCAUAGUGAUGAUGAAUCAGUUGAGAUUUUGAAUGAAUGGCAUUUUCCGAAGAAGGCUAAACAGCGGUCAACAUUAGCUUCUACUAGACCACUUAAAAAAGUUAAAGGUGAGAUUGAGCAUAUUAGUCAAAGAACUACAUCAUUGAAUAGGCCAUACGAAUCUAGAGCUCGGCAAGUAGCUGAAGAAUUUAUCUCAAGCAAUCCCUUUUUCACAAUUUUGAUCAAGCCUGCUAAUCUGGCUGCAAAACGUCUGAGUGCACCAAAUUUCUCAGGGAUUAUUGAGAACAAGAACAAGAAUGUGAAGCUGCAAGUUGGUAAAAGAUCCUGGAAUCUGAUGUUGCUUCGUUGUUACAAUAAUAACACCAACCGUUGUCUUUCCGCUGGUUGGCUGUCUUUUGCAAGGGAAAGUGGGGUGCAACCAGGAGAUGUUUGCGUCUUCGAACUGAUAAACAAGGAAGAUUUAGUUUUCAAAGUUCAUGUUUUCCAACAGGACUGUUAA